UUGUUGUAACUAAAACUUGAACCUCAAAGUGGAAGAUAAUCACACGGAUAUGCAUGCCUGAAAUCUAGCCUCACCGUUUAAUCAUCGAUUUUUUUUUCUGUAUCGCUGUGUUUCGGCGAAGCAAAUUUUACGACACCUUGACUUGGUAUUUCAACGGAGUGAAGAAACUGAUGAAGAAAAAAAAAGGCAGUUGAAGAGAGAGCGCGAUGAUCAAACUCUCGAAUAGUUUGCUACAGAAGACGAAGAAAACGGAAAAGAAGAAGAAAACCGAGAGACGCAUUCCAUUCCCGAAUGAGAAGAAACGCAGAAGAGGAAAGGUUCGAUGAAGGAAAAUGUAUAUGCUUGGUUCGGUUUCGAGAAGAAGGCAUUUAAACACGCAAGCUAAGUUGCAGGCGAGUGUAUGAGUGAGCGCUUGCCCGAGAGUGUAUGUUGGUACCGAGUGAGUGAAUAGCUUUGGGAAAAAAAAACAUAAGAUCGAACGACUCCUGCAGGGAUCGAUUGUGUACUCUCAACACAUACUGGUGAUGCUGGAAACAGAAUCUUGGACGGCCAGCUUGCUAUUGUUGAGAUUUUCUCCCAGUGUGAUUCCUACAUCCGAAGAAAAUUCCAAGUGCCUUUCUGAAUUAUCCAACAGUGCGUUAUUCAGUGACUGAGAACAGCUAAGAAAACUCAAACGCAAGGUGUUAAAACGCGAAAUCUUUCGUAAAAGUUAGUUGCAGCUGGUAACGAUGCAGCAUGCGAGCUUUUUGCACUGUCAGCGCACCCCUCGAGGUUUGCGCACCACCGUCCCGCCCCCUGCCUCCGGGUACCAGAUUUCUAGCUUUAAAAUUAUUAGGAACACCACAGCCACGCACACUCUACUUCCUAGUCGAAGCAAAAAGUCGCGUCCGCGAAGUAUACGCACAAACAUGCCAUCACUUCUCCAAACAGGGCAUGCUGGACACCGAACUGUUCGGCCUAGCCGUGCUGAUAGAUGGCGAGUACUUGUUUGCCGACCCCGAGAGCAAACUGUCCAAAUACGGACCAAAAAGUUGGCGUUCGUCACACACGCACGGCUUAGACGCAAACGGGAAACCUCUCCUGGAACUACACUUCCGUGUGCAGUUCUACAUCGAGAGCCCACUCAUGCUGAGAGAUGAAGUGUCCCGCCAUAACUACUACCUGCAGCUCAAGUACAAUGCCAUCAACCGGGAUCUGCCGAAGGAAUACUCCGAGCAAUCGCUGUUGCUCCUAGGUGGCCUAUCGCUUCAAGCCGAUCUCGGCGAUUGUCCGGACGAGAACGGAAUCGUCACCGAUGGUACCAGCAGUACAAGUGGCAGCUCCAGCAGCAAUGCUGGCAGCACUGGCGGAAGCACCACUAGCACAACCAAUUCCGGUAACGGCAGCACCAGCCACAACAACAACAAUAACAACAACAGCAACAAUAGUAGUAGUAGUAGUAGCAGUAGCAGUAGCAGUAGCAGUAGUAGUAGCAGCAGUAAUAGCAUCAACAACAACAACAGUAGUACUAGUAUUAGUAGCAACACCAAUACCAUCAACAACACCACCACCACCACCACCCCCAGCGGCAACAAUGAAUACUUCAGGCCGGAAGAGUACAUCAACCCGUCGCUCCGGUCGGCGUGGGGCAUUUCGGCGCUUACCUCUUGCCAUCGGGAAAACCGAGGAAUGUCUCGGGCCGACGCCGAAACGCACUACAUCCGGGAGGCUUGCAACCUCAACGAAGCCAUCAAUGCACACGUGUUUCGAAUGAAGCAAACCAAGAACGAAUGCGGCAUGGGCACGGUAUCGCUCAGCAUUUACGCAAAGGGCAUUCGCAUUGCCAUGGACAACUCAACGCCAACGACGUUCAACUGGCCGAACAUCGGAAAGCUGAGCUUCGAUCGGAAAAAGUUCGAAAUCCGAUCGGGAGACACCAAAAUCAUCCUGUACUCGGUGAACGACGACAAGAACAAAAUGAUAUUAGCGCUGUGCCGGGAGACGCACCAAUUUUCUAUGAAAAUUGCCCCGCGACUAACGGAAGCCAUGAAGCGGGAGGAAGAGGAAAGCAGCUGCAUUCACGGCUAUCCAUACCUGUACUCCCGGGCACUAAAUCUACCGUACAAAAGCAAAAGCGACCAGCGAAUAUCGGUCAUAUCCAGCACCAGCUCGAAUACUACCUCCGGCAUCGUGAGUGAUCGAGUUCAUUCCGAGGAUGAACUAGAGAUCAUCAUCAAUACGCCACCUACAGCAACACUCGCAGCUCCGUCGACGGAAAGUCUUGCAUUGGCCCAUCUGCUAGAUUGUCCUAGCGUAAGCCGGCAAACUUCCUCCGUUGGACAGGUAUCCCUGAAAGACCUAGAAGGCACACUGGCGGCUUUGUCGGUGCGAUCGAACACCACAAGCCGAUCGGCCAGCAGCGAUGGAGCAGAAGGAAAGGAGCGGUCGGUUAAAGAUUGCGAAUCAUCUCCCUCGUCACAGCACAACAUAGGUUCGCAAUGUUCGUCCACGUGCAGCACCGUAGUUGUAGCUACCGAUUGCAUAAGCUUACCUCAAACCAGCACCAACGGGUCAAUAGAACGGCGUCAAACGUCAACUUGCAGUAGCCUAGAACUGGGAUACAGCCAUACGGCCCAGAACAGCACUUUAAGUGUGGCAACCAGUACGUGCCUAGACCAUGACAUCAAUGAAGAGGAAGAGGAAACCAACUCCGGAGUCUAUACCCUUGCUCACGCACCACCGACCGAAACUAGUGGAGUGUACACGAUGAACAGCAGUGAGAUGACGGGUCAGUCUUCGGAAAUUGCUGAAUCAGAAUCUCAUGAGAGUUCACACUAUGGCAGCUUCCAACCUUGUCAUAGUGAGAUUGCCGAACCGUUAGAACCAGCUGAUUCAGUGGAUGGUGAUUUCAGGCCCCGUUUAGACAGCGAUAUGAACGAGUUCAGAUUACGAUCAGAUUCCACUGUAUCUGCCGCAGGAUCAUUCAGAGGCGAUGGAAGUGAUCCAACAGACAAUACGCAUACGCUCUUAAGUGCGGAGGAGCUGACCGACUUGAUCGUUGGACGAGGAACGUAUCCAUCGAGGAAAACUGUCAGCCAUACGCUCGAUUCAGACAGUGACUACGUAACGCUACCAUUGCCUCUGGAUGGAGAGAGUUAUCUGCAGGGUAGCGAAGAUACCGCUCCUACGGAAGACGAAUACGAUGACGACGUUCUACCUCCAGCUCCUCCGAAGAGAAUCGACAGUAAUAUGCCAGCGCAGCGACAGUCGCUCAUGAGUCUGGUUAGCUCCAAUGAUUCUCCUCCACCACCUCCUCCACCUUACAAUGCGCAUCACGAAACUACCGGGCUGCGUGGACCGGACAUACGUCCGGACGAAGCACCAGUAAUUCCACUUCGUGAUCCACCUCCGUAUCCACAGAAACCAACAACUAUGGUAAGGGAACGACCAGUUCCACCUCCAGUCAUUCCGGUAUGCAGCACAUCUAACAUACAGACAUCUGCAAUACCAGAGGAAGUACCAGCGCGUUUCAUUACCACCAGGCCUCAGAUCAAUAUCCUUAAAGCACAUACCAGUGUAGUUGGUGAAACUGCAAAGCCUAGCUAUGCGGCACCGACGGUCAACAACAUCAGUAAUCUAGCGCAAUCUCCACUACCCACUACAGUGACAACAGGGCCAUCAACGCCCAGCGGAAUCGGCAUACCGGUUGUUCCGUACCAUAAAAGCAUAACCUCGCCUCCACCACCAUAUCUGGAAAUGCCGAAGCCACCGCAUCGAACCUGUGUAUUGCUACCGGUAAUCAAACCUCGUCAGUAUCAUCCACCUCCACCUCCGACAAUGCCACGACAACCUCCACCACCUCCUCCUGCUCAUUCGCUAGCUACGGUAUAUACCGGUCAGCUGGCACGGUCCCAGAUCGAGCUCUACCAACAGCAGCUCUACAGUGACGUAGACUACGUCAUCUACCCGAUCCAGGAUCCCGCGAUCAGUCAACAGGAGUAUCUAGACGCUAAGCAAGGCUCGAUACUGGCAGCAAUGGCACAGAGUCCACCUCCACCACCAUAUCUUGCCUAUCACACAGUUCGAGCUCACAAUCGAAGCUGGGAAGCUUGCAAGAAUCACGCCAUCUACCGGAGUACACCGUACCUUUCCAUGGCUCUGUCAUCAAACUCUCGAUAUGCUUCCACCCAGAAUCUAUCGGAUACGUACGUUCAACUUCCUGGAACAUACUCUCCUCUGUACAGUCCUUCGAUAGCGAGCCUCUGUUCAUCGUACGAACCACCUCCACCACCUCCGCUUCGCCCGAGGCCCAUAUCCAGCAGCUCAUCGUCUAUGUUCGUCCGAUCUCGCUCUGACGACAACAUCCUGAACUCGGUCGAAAGUACUCCGAAGAUACGUCGGUUGCCACCUCCACCCCCACCGCCAUACGAAACAAGAAAAACCACCCGCAAACCACCGAUACCCCUUCCCACUCCAGAGAAGCAUAUGCUAUCAACGGUCAAAGCUGCUACCAUCAUGCAAAAACCUCCCGAAGUCCCAGCUAAACCAACUCCCACGAAACCGUGUGGCCCGAGUGCCAAACUACAGGCCCAAAUCAGGAAGCAAUACCCAGACAUCGAUUUCAGCACGUCUAUCGACAUUCGGACUCUACGGGAAAAAAGCAAAAACCUAGACCUUCCACUCAUCUCCGCCUUAAUGCAUGACCGAUCCCUACUGAAGCAAACCCGUGCAUUCGUUAUGCCCAAACAUCCCAAGUCUGGAUUGAUCGGUUCCCCUAAUAGCAUAACCACCUCCACCACUACCACCACCACCAAUAUCACCACCAGUCCCAGCCAACAGAAUCUCCUGAACCACAAGACCAAGUAUCCGGUGUCUGGUCUGAGCACCACCCAGCUUGUCAAACCCCGCAAAUCGUCGGUCGUAAGCCAUAGGCAUCCGAACGACAAGUUGCCACCGCUUCCGGGACAAACGGCGACCGAAGGCAACAACUACGUGAUGGAUCCGACCCCGGCCAAGCAGAAGAGCUACAGCUCCUCACAACCCAGUGCCUGAGAUAUCAGAACUUUCGGAUAUCACACAGAGAGCUUGGUCGUCGUCGACGCCGUCGAUACGUGUCAGAUAAAUUCUAUAAUUUAACGAUGAAAACGAUAGACUUUUACAUUUGGAAACCUAUUGUGUCAUGCUAAAGCUAAGAUAGUAGAUUUUUGUCGUCUUAAUCGGGAGAGAGAAAUUUGUGUUACUUGCAUUUUUAUAAAAUGGACCUAUAGUUUGUUGUACUAUUUUCUCCUUUAGAAUACGCCAGGCAAGCCGGGAAAGUCGAAAGGAAGUUCUUGGAACGACGUUACUCACAAUAAUGGCCCCACCGAACGUACUCUGUCCGUUUCCAAAUCGAGCAUUCCCCCCAAAUAUUAAGUUUUUCCUACUCUCUCUCGCUCACUCUGUCGAAAAAUGCACAAAACCGCACGCCCACAUCGUUCCAAGCUUUCUUGCGAUUUUCAAAACCCAUACAGCACGAGCUGCAAUCCGACUGUGUCAGCUCACGAAGAACAAACAUCAAAACACACGCAUAUUAGAAUGUAAACGCGCGAAGUAUCUUUCUUUAGUGGAAAUUACUCAGGAUAUUUUUUUUUUAUUAAAACAACGCUCUUUGUUUAGGCAAAACCUAGUUCUCUGUUUUAAGCGUAAGUGUGUAAAUAGGUUUCAGCGGACAGGAAGAGGGCACACCUAAAAAAACGGAAUUCUAUUUUGGGUACAGAAUCGUUGAAGAAAAUUCACCUUCAUUUUUGGCACAGAAUCCUUUCCGAAGCAAAUAAUGAUUCGAAAAAAAAAUCCAUGAAAUUCGUGCCAAAUUUACCCGCUAAGUAGAAAAACGUUUUACAAAUUCGUUAAUCGUAACGCAAAUCUAUAGAAUAGAUAGAGUAAAUUGAAUGCACACACACAAGGAGGACAAGACUAAUGACUUAGAUUAAAGCAAUUUUGUAACGAGUGAAUGCAAAGCAAUAACUGAAAACUUUCUGUAUUUGAAACGUUGGUAAAUAUGCUGUAUAGAUUAGGAUUCAUCUGCCUAUCGGGAAUAAGCCCUUGUAUUUCUGGAAAUGGAACAAAAAUCUCGAAGAAGUAAUUUACACUCAAAGUGAGUCGCCAUAUUUAUUUGUUACUGAAAGCGUUUGAGGAUACUGAAUCGUGAAUGAGAAAAAUUAGGAAGAGAGAGAGAGAGCGUGAGCGAGAAAGUGAGUGUACGUGAGGAGAACUUUUUGGAUGGCAAAUACCCGGUUGAAGAAAAAAAAUAAAAGUAAUAGUGAGCUAGACAGGGGCAAGUUUAUGAUCAUAGUACAUUUUUGCUCAAAUUACCUACUGUAGGAAACCUUUGGUGUAAGUGGUGCACAAGUGCAUUGGUUUAUUUAGGUUACGUUGAAUUUUAUUUAAAACAAUAUUUUAUUUUAGCGUCGUUCCGUGCGAGAGAAGAUGGCGUGUAUUUUUACUAGGGAACCACUGACAAAUGAAAACGAGUACGAACUGUUUCUAGGGAGUAGUAAAGUAAUCGUUAUGUUUUCCUAUAGACAUUUUUAAUAGUUUUUUAUUAACAUUCUCUCUACUCUAUACAACACAGCUAAGGUUGACAUGUGUACAGAUCAGGCUAGGACGUUAAGCUACUAGUAGGUUAGAAACUAUUUGAAUUUUCUUCUUUAUAAGAAAAAAUCCAGAAAAUAAAAUCCAAAAUGAAUCGAAAACAAAAAA